AGCGACUGUAAAUGUGUUGAUGGCAACAAUUGAACUACGUUUUUUUGCCCACGUUUACUGCGCGUUUGUAAAUGCAUGAGUUAUUCUGCGCCCUGGCACUCAGACGAGUGUUCUGAAAUCGGAGUAGAUAGUUAGUGAAUUUACGAACGCACCUAGUGUGGCUACCUCACGUGCCUGUUAUCAAACACGUAUUUAUGUUUUAUUAUGACAUCUCAAUAGAAUGAUAUAGAUCACUACAGGAUAUUGUCAUACGCGUGGCAGAAACCUAUUGAAAAGCGACGAUAAAACACAAAUGUCGUACAGCAAAAGACAGGGCAGUAUGCAGUCAGCGGAUACAGAGCAGCCAACGAUGCUGACUCUGCAAGAACAGCGACUCCGCAUACAACAAUUAGAGCGGCAGGCCCAGGCAGAGUACAGUGCUGCCAAUGAGAUUUUAGAGAAUGAUCAGAAAGCCCCACGAGGUGGAAGGACCCUGAGCAGGUCACUGCCCAAGCCAGGACUGUCAAUGGAGAGCAUUGUGGAGCGGGAGAAGCGUAGGCGGUGUACUCUGAUAGAGCAGCACAACGGGUUGCAGUGUUCCGUGAGGGCCAAGGGUUCUCAGCUGCUGGAGAUGGAGCAGGCCAUGAAAGCCCUGGAGCUGGACUCCAAUGCGGAUGGAGACGAGCAGCACUACGACCAGCGUGUGAGAGAGCUGGAGAACAGUCUAGAAAAGAUGACCAUCAAAAUCACAGAGGCUGAGAGGAUCCAAAAAACCUACCUGCGAGUCUGUGACCACCUACAUCAGGAGGUGCGUGAGAUGCCCAUGGCUCUGGAUCAGCUGCAGAACUCAGUGGUCAGCGGGCAGACAGAGCUGGGAAAGGUGGCCCACAUGUCUCACACCGCAGUGGCUGCUGUGGACUGCACUAAGGUUCGAAGAGGGACUAUCAGAGAGGGACUGGCUGAAGAGACAGCUCAUAUCAGAGCCCAGCAGACCGCCCCUGUCUCCACUACUCCCCAGUCCAUAUUCAAACUGGUGGAGGAUAUUGAUGCUCUGAGAGAAGCUCUCAGCUGCACUGAUCUGCAGGAGCUGGAAACACGGCUGGUCUCUCAGAAGGCCAUCAGGGAGCAGCUGCACAACCAAAUGACCCAGUGUGAGGAGCAGGUCAGGCAGAGCAUGGAUACCUUGGCUGCCUUGGAGCUCCAGUACGCCCAGCUCAAGUUCAGCGCUGGGCCCAGCUCUGACAGGUUUGAGCAGCUGAAGGAGGAAAUGCAGGCGGAGCUUGAGCAGGAAGAGGAGCGUUGCAGCCAUUGGAAGGACAAGCUUGGAAAGGCCCAAUCAGUGCUGCAUGGGGUGGAGAAGGGUGUCAACAACCUGUUCUUCAGGAUGAGCUGCGUGCAAGUGAAGGACUCUCCCAGGGAGUUGGGGGGUCUGGAUGUAAUAGAGAAGCUGAGGGAAAUCGGCGCCCGUCUGCCCACACUGCAGACCACAGCUUCAGAGAAGACUGAGGAAAACACAGCUGAUCAUGAGAAGGUGUGGAGCUUCCUGGAGCAGAGCACCAUGAUGGAGCCCAGGAACUACAAGAGGGCCAGCAGCCCUGUGUAUGACAGUACCUCAGAAGAUACAUUCCAGUUCCGCAGUCAGGAGGAGGACUGCUCCAUGUCCCGCGAGGAGAUUAAGCGUCGCAGCAUCCAGCUGAUCGAGGUGCACCAGCCAAAGAAGAAAGCCCAGAGGAGCAACACAAAGAGCUAGAGACAAGCUCCAGCUGUGGCCCUCUAUUUCCUACAGGGAGUAAAGCUGAGGAAAUAAUAAACAGGCUCAUAGUAUGAUUUUACUUUUUUUGUUGUCUACUUUAUACCUGAGUUUGUUACUGCUAUGAUUAAAGUGGAACUGACAG